CCUCACACUCCGCCUCAAUCGCCUUACCCGGUGAGCGGAUAACACAUUGAACUGCGAGAUAUGCCCCGAAUCGCGACCAAAUCGUCGAAUCGAGCGGCGCGGUUCGCCCCCUUCCCCUCGGGAUCGCCCACUCCGAGCGACGAUACGGUCGUCUCCAGCGGGCGGGCCUCCCGCCGAAGCUCAGAUACCCGCUCGCGGAGGAGUAGCACGCGGUCUAGUCACGUCGAGGACGUCACACCCCGUGGGGAGAGCUCGGAAUUGGACAACGAUGGGGAUGAUGAUGAGAAUGGAUCAGAUGCUCCGGUCUCGCCCGCGCCUCCUACCGUGACGCAUCUCUUUCUUAACAACGAGCAUGUCAUGUCCAAGUCGCAGAGCUGGAGCAAUGUUCUAGAUCCGGUCUCGCAGAGUUUACUAUGUAGGGUUCCUGGAAGUACACUGCAGGAAGUCCAGAGGGCUGUUCAGGCAGCACAGGAUGCUCAGCCCGCCUGGGCGGCGCUGGGGUUCCAGGUGCGGCGGGAGCGGCUGUUGAAACUCGUGGAUGUACUCCGGCAGAUGUCGCCGGAAAUAGUGACAUGUUUAUCCCGCGAGGUGGGGAAGACUCUCGCCGAUGCCGACGCCGAGGUUUUCCGCGGGCUGGACUGCAUCCACGCUGCCUGCUCCGUCGGGCCGGAAAUGGCGGGCAUGUUCCUCGGAGGCGAUGCCACCUUGCUGCAGACUUUCUACGAACCGGUGGGCGUCUGUGUCUCCAUUACUCCCUUCAGUUUUCCCUUCAUGAUCCCCCUCUGGUCGUUACCCUAUGCCCUGAUCACAGGGAAUACCGUGGUAUUAAAGCCGUCCGAGAAGACACCUUCAACAUCCGCCUUACUGGCGGACGCCUUUCUUCAAACAGGGUUCCCGCCCGGGGUGUUCAACAUCCUGCACGGCGGCCCUUCGACCGUCCAGAUGCUGAUCCACCAGCCCGCCGUCCAGGCCAUCAGCUUCGUCGGGUCCGAACCUGCCGCGCGACAAGUCCACGACCUUGCACGCGCCGCCGGAAAGCGCAUCCAAGCCGAGUGCGGCGGCAAGAACCACGGGGUCAUCCUCGAGGACGCCAACAUGACGUCCACGCUCUUCGCCAUCGCCGGCAGUGCCUUCGGGGCGGCCGGCCAGCGGUGCAUGGCGCUCAGCGUGGCCGUCUUCGUGGGCAGCACGCGCGAGUGGAUCCCCAAACUGGUCGAGCUGGCCGAGUCGAUGGUCGUGGGCUGUGGGGGCGACCAGAAGUCCAAGAUCGGGCCGCUGAUCGACGAGGCCGCCCUCAAGCGGGUCAGCGGCGUCAUUCAACGUGCGGUCCAGGAGCAAGCCCGGGUGCUUCUGGACGGUCGCGAGAUCCAGGUCCCCGGCUACCCGGAUGGCAAUUUCAUGGGGCCGACGAUCCUGACCGAUGUCGAGACGUACAUGGAGUGCUACCAGUCGGAGAUCUUCGGGCCGGUGCUCAUCUGCAUGGAGGUUGAGACUUUGGAGGAGGCGAUGGAGCUCAUUAAUCAGAAUAUAUAUGGCAACGCAUGUUCCAUCUUCACCACCAGUGGUAAACACGCCAAUACAUUUCAACGCGGCGUCAAUGUUGGGCAGAUUGGGGUCAACAUCCCGCUAAUAGCCCCGUAUGGCACCGCUGUGCGGACGAGCAACAAGGAUUCGUUCCUAGGAGACCGUCAUGCUCCUGGGAAGACGUACUGGCCCUUCUUCACCACGACCAAGACCGUUUCAUCACGCUGGGAGCAGUAGACUGUGCUGUUGAGGCUGAACGGUCAAUUAUCGGGGAAAGUCGACUUGAUCACUUGAUCAUCAAGUGGACCUCAAGAUAGAAAAGAGGAUGGUGAAGGUAAACACUAGCUAGGUUAAUUAUUGGUCUGGUCUGGUCUGGUCUGGUACGUGUAGUGCCACUACAGUGGCAUAUCUAGUCACUACUAGCGGAGGAGUCCGAACCUGC